AAUGCGAGAAGUGGAUGCUAAUGUUAUGUGGAUUGAUAACAAUAAGUUAGACAAUAUAGAGAAUAGUAUGAUGUGGUUAAAUUAUAUAUUAGAAGACAAUGAUGCGGUGAACAAAUUGAGUGACUUUAUACAAAAAAGACAGGUAAAGAAGUAAUCGUAAACAUGGGAGCAGUGAUUCAAAAAGGAAAUGAAUUGAGUUUAUACGGGUUCUUUGGAUUUGAGUUAAUUCUGAAAAACAGUGAUGUUGAUAAAUUUAGUUUUGAAGGAAAAUUAAGAUCUGUUAAAAGUGAACGGAAAGUAUAUGUGAUUGCACCAAUUAUCGUAAUAAUUAUAUUACCAUGCAAUAUAAAAAUAGAAUUAAGAACAGAUGUGGAUAUUAUUGCAUGGUUAUUUAGUUACAGUAAAAUAGGAAGUGUGCAGAGAGAAUUAGAUGAUAAACAGUAUAUUUAUUUAAGUUUUAUUAACACGCUAUUAGAAUUAAAAAAUGUAAAAAUGUUAGUUAAAGAUGAUAAAGCUGGGAUGCAAAGGAUAAUACAAGAUGUGAAAAUACCUGCGAUAAAGAAAGAACUUGUUAGUUGUAAAGAGACGAUCGAAGAAGUGGUAAUCAUAACAAGUAAUCUGUUGGUCAAUGAGUAUGCGUUAAGAUGGAAUUACAUACCGAUCGAAGGUUCAUUAGAUCAUGGUUUAAAGAAUUGAGUUUUAAUAGUACGAAAAUAAAUAUAAUGUUAUUUGGAUUAUGUCAAAUAAGGUUGGUUGCCGUAAGUAACGAUUAUUAUAUAUCGAAUUACAACCUUUGGCGGUUGUAAUAUUAUUAACGUAAGUUGUAAAUUGGCUGUAAAUACUACACUAUUGUGGUU